GACCGCUUCAGUUAACUGACGGCGUUUACAGAGUAACGUUCGCUGAAAUCAAACAGUUUAAACGCGUUCGUUUCGAAACUCUCUUGAACUGUUGCUCUUUGUAAAGCACCACUACUCCUUGAAGACUUUUAGUGAAUUUUAAAGUGAUUUUGUGAAAACUUUUCUGUUUGUAACUAUUUUUGAAAGUAUGGUUUGAAUGUUUAGUUCGAAAAUUUUUAUAUUUUGGAUUUAACCACGAUAAAAUCUACAUAUUCAUAAGCACUGAAACUGCUUUAUAAGUAAACGCUAUGAAACAGAAUGGCCGUUAAAAGAGAUCAAACAACAUCGUGAAUAGUGCUUUAAUUUGUAUUGUUCGAUAAAAUCUGAAUAAAAAAUAACACUGCCAUAGUGAUUGAAAGAUGGGAUUAAUAGCUUUAGUUGUUGAAAUGACAUUUACAAAUCCAAGCAAAAUGAAUCAAAAUUAAAUUAUUAAUUGAUUGAUGGAAAUGAAUGUCUCGAUAUCCGACGAAGAUACUUACUUUGAAUGGAACCGUGGGAUUAUGGAACAAUAUUCGAUAGGACUUAAACGAUAGGGAGCUGCAGAGAUGGAGUAGUUUGUUGUGGUAUCGGUUCGAUGUAAUGCGAAGCUCAACAAACGAUUCCGCAUCGUGCGAUGCACUCCACGACGACGUUGUGUGGAUCGAACCUAGUCUUUUGGUCCAAUUAUCCAUUUUAACAUUGAUUGAUGUUAUGGUUAUCAUCGGUAACUGUUUGGUUAUCGCUGCCGUUUACUGUUCAUCAAAAUUACGAUCGGUUACGAACCUUUUCAUCGUAUCGCUAGCAGUAGCCGAUUUACUGGUUGGCGUUGCCGUUUUACCAUUUUCGAUGACAUUAGAAGUAUACAAGGUGUGGAUCUUUGGAAAAAUCUGGUGCAAUAUUUGGUUGGCGGUCGAUGUUUGGAUGUGCACCGCGUCAAUCCUCAACCUUUGCGUCAUUUCUUUGGAUCGAUAUGUAGCCGUGACCAGACCGAUAAGUUAUCCGAGCAUCAUGUCACCAUCAAGGGCUAAAAUGCUUAUCGCCGGAAUAUGGUUUUUUAGUUUUGUUAUUUGUUUUCCACCGUUGGUUGGUUGGAGAGACAGUAAGGCGGGUGAUAGGCAAGGGACGAAUUCAAGCAAGACGGAUGACGCCCCGUGCCAAUGGAAGUGCGAACUUACUAACGAAGUUGGUUACGUCGUCUACUCUGCCCUCGGAUCAUUCUACAUUCCCAUGUUUGUGAUGCUCUUUUUUUAUUGGCGAAUAUACAGGGCUGCAGUCAGGACUACUAGGGCGAUAAAUCAAGGAUUUAGAACCACAAAAGGUUCAAAAGGAAUGGGUAAUCGUUUUGAAGAGCAACGCUUAACAUUACGGAUUCAUAGAGGACGUGGGUCGUCAUCAAGAAGACAUCAAGGAUCACCCCAUAGUAACGGUUCUAACAGCACGACCACUACAACGGGUAGUGCAUCACCGAGUCCAAGAGGUCGUCACGAAAAGGUUAAAAUAAGCGUAAGCUAUCCAUCAACUGAAAAUUUAUCUUCUUCCCAUGCAUCCGGUCCUCAUCUCCUAAGCGUUACCCCUACUUCUCCAACACCAGCCGGUCAACCAUCGUAUGCCGUACAUUAUACAGCUAAUGGAAAAGACAAUACGACGACGACGACAAAUAUAUUUAAACGUGAUAAUCGAUUGAGGGUGUCACAAAAAUUUUCUUCUCCGAAGAGGAGACAUAGCGAACGAUCGGAUAGUUACGAUGGAACAGAUAGGCCUAUGAGAAGUCCGAGCCCGUCAGUUUGCGAUGAGCUCAAUAAACCAAAAGUGAUUUCAAAGAAAAUGGGCAAGAGGAAUAUUAAAGCCCAAGUGAAACGUUUCCGAAUGGAAACUAAAGCGGCCAAAACCCUUGGAAUAAUCGUAGGUGGAUUUAUUUUCUGUUGGCUUCCGUUUUUUACUAUGUAUUUGAUAUGGGCUCUUUGCGAAAGUUGCAUACCGCCGCUGUUGUUUUCAAUACUUUUCUGGUUAGGAUAUUGUAAUUCCGCCAUCAAUCCUCUCAUCUAUGCAUUAUUCUCUAAGGACUUCCGAUUCGCUUUUAAGAAAAUCAUCUGUAAGUGUUUUUGCAAGUUGGCGUCACGUUCUAGAAGAGAUUCAGACGGCUCUCAGAUGCAAGGUAGACAAUUUAGAUCGCCCAGUUACAAUAUUCAACACCAAAGUAACUCGCUUGGCGAAGAAAGUGAUCCCGGUGGGGAAGGUUCGGAUUCUAGGUGACCUAGGAAAGGUGAAGAGGUCGCACAGACCUAUUUGGAAAAAAGUAAUGUUUUGAAAGUUGCCAUGUGCGUUUAUGGAGGGUGACAAAAUGGAGGCGCACCUCGAAGAAAGGGGUGUACCGAGGUAUAACGAAUUUACAGAAGAUUUGAGGUUAUUUUAUUUUGGAUCUUCUUGAUAAGAAGAGUUGCUAGAGGGUACUUUAAAACCGUAGAUACUUACAUUUAUUUAAAUACGGUAACUUCGGAGAGGGAAAUCAAACGACUUAUACUACUUAAUAUAAUUAUGUUAAGGAGAAUCAAUGAAAAAGAAAAAAAUUAGACUCAGUCUAUGGUAAACUAACAUAACUACAAAAUAUACUAAUUUUCAUCGUUUAAAUCAUAAUGAUGAUGUAAAUAAAUAUGUAAAUGAAAGAUGUUUUAUACUAAACCGAUUACCAUCAGUACUUAAUUAAAUCUAGUCAAUACGUUCCCAUUUAAAAGCCUAAAUCAUUAAAAAAAAAAUUUUUCUAAAAUUAAUAACUAACAUUUUAUUGAUUUUGAAUUUUAACAAUAAUAACUAUAAAAUAUUGAUUGUGAAAUAAAUAAUAUUAAUCUAAGAAGUCUCAAUACUACAUUACAUGAAUUAAUUUGUUCCUUUAGAGAUUUUGGAAUAUUUAAAAAAACUCUACCUAAAUUGACGUUCGCUAUUAAAACUACACCGUUUUCCAAAACUUUCCCAAUUCCACGAGGUCGUAAUCGACGGGUCUCCUCCAGAUUUCCCUGUUUUUCAAUACCGCGAUGCCAACUCUCUUAACUACUCUCGAACUAAUUACGAGAUCCGUAUCUGGCUUCGAUAAGAGGAACAAGGAGAUGAUAUUCUCCAUCCUUUGAUAUAAUCAACCCCCCUUUUGCUUUAUUGGCUCGGGUAUUGUGUUUUCGGUUCAAAUAUCUUUCUCUCUUUUAUCUCAGACACUUUAUAUCCAGGAGUUUUAACUUUUCCGUUCGGGAGUUUUGAUAAGUUGGAGCUUAAAGCUCGACCACCGUCGAGUAGAAAAUGACAAAUUUUGUUUAAACCCGAAAAUUUCUUUUUAAAACGCCACCAAAGGAAGUAAAAGGAACGGAAACCGUAAUGAAAUAUCGCCCUUAUAUUGUCAGCAUUUUUCCCUUCAUUAUCCUCAUCGCAAAAGCCGACAGAGCUUUCGAGCUUAACGCUUAAUUGGAAUGAGGAUACCCGGGGCUUUUACUUGACACUUUUCAGGGAACGGUGGUAUCUUAAAUCAUAAGAAAGUCGUGAUUAUUGUGCAUGUAUGUAAUUGGAGGAUUUCACUGUUUCAAAAAUCACACCAUUUUUGUAACCUUUUUUUGAUCUAUUUCAUUUUAAAGAUCUUUAAACGAUAAAAUAUGGAGGGUAAAUCCACUUUUGCCAGGUGAAUUAAGUUGCGCAAACUUACACAUAAAUUUGGCCUUAUUUAUGACGUGAAAACUCCUCGGAACAAAGUGUUAUAGCCGCGCUAUUCCUGGAUUCGUCGAGGAAGUUUGAGACCACUUUAAGAGAUUAAGGUGAGUUGUUGCACGAUUACAAUAUGAAAUUUACACCGGAAUUAAAUUCCAUAAUGCCACAACGUUCGGAUUGUUAAAAUACGGGUUAAUAUAAUUUAGAUGUGAUGUGAUAAAAAUCAAAGAAUCGGACAAUCAAAACAUAACACACAAUUAAUUUCAAUUUAAACAAAAUAAUUAACUUUAUUGAUAAUAUUGUGACGCGAUAAAGUUUCUAAUCCAAUUUGAACGAAAUGAAUUCGCCCAGUUUAAUCUAAUUUUGAAUAUCGAGCUGUUUUUGUCCUAGCCAAAUCUAUCGAAAACGCAAUCUAAAAUAAUAGUAUUACCAGGGAACUUGGCGCAUAAUUUUCGAAACUUCUUCGGCUUGAAUUCAGCGCUAUUCCAAGUUUAAUGAGAGGAAUUCAACUGUCUUUAACUUUAUCAAGGACACGGCAUAUUGUGUCUUUUAAAUUCAAACCUAGAAUAAAAUAAAUUAUGUAAUUAAAAAUUUUAAAAUGCAUUAAAAAAAUAUAAAAUAUACACUAUAAAUACGCUAUAAUUAGAUGGUGUUAAAAAUAAUUGAGUUAUGGUGUGCGAAUAUUUUUGGCAACAACAAAUUCAUUCCAGAUUUAUCUUUACCUUUCCACAAAUACAAGACAUCACGGUUUAUAGGAAUUUUAAAAUGAUUAAAAUAAAAUGAUUGUAACUACGAUGAUUAAUGAUUAAAUUUGCUUUAAAAUGCUUGCCAUUUUAGCUCGAUAGCUCAACUAUCUUCUGAGAUACGAUUUCUUAAAGAUUAAUAUAAACCGUAAAAUUAUCAAUUUUAC